AUGUCUGGAAGAGAUGACGCGGAGGAGCAUCGUCGCUUCACAACCCCAUACAGCGCCAGACAUCCCAUUCCUACCAUCUCCAAAUAUCGAGAAGAGAGAACUGCCCGCCAAGAUGCAGCUGAAGGCAGACCUGAUUCUCCACCUUCACCAAAAGCUGGAGAUUACGGCGGCAACAAAGAUGACUACAUUCAACAGCAAAGGUCAAGAGAAGAUGGCGGGGCCAAUCUAGAAUCCGUCAAAUCCAAUGGAGGAAAUGACGACAAGAGGAGCGAUAAUCAGCAAGAACAAGAACAAGAAGAGAUGCAGGACACUUCACAAGUUGGCCAGGCAUCAGAUCCCAAGCAAAGACGGAAGGAGCUCAAAAAGAGCAAGCGAGAGAGGGCACAGCGAGAAGUCACUGACCCUGUUACCCAUCUUCCUGUCACAAUUCACGAUUUUACCGACGACGCACUCGAAGAAGUAGGCGUCAAUGACCCUACGUUUGGUACGACAGACAGGACAGCGACUGGUGCAGACAACAAGACCAAAUCUGACGAACAACUUGGCCGCGAGCAGCAAGAGAUCCAACAGAGCCAUGAUGCUAUGGGUGACUUGUUUCCCCCACCGGAUUUUGAUGCCCUCCGUCUAGAACUCGCAGCCAUCAACAAAACCGGCGUCACUUUUGGACUUGCCGGUGUUGCGUUAAUUCUUGGCGGUGCAAUUACUUUCGAACGACUGGUACGACAUGGAGUAUUGCAGAGCUCCAAAGCUAAUUCAUUCCUCGUAGGUGGCUCUCUUUGGUUGGCGAUAGCCGCGGCCAGUACUGGAGCCAUCUGGUUCCUUGUGGUAUCAGUUAGGGAAUGGAUUUCCAACAAGGUUAACAACAUCUUUCAUGACGAAGUCUGGGAUGCUCACCGAAGAGGUGUUGUCCAAGCAUCCAAGCAGAAUGAUACCGAGACAACUGUUUGGCUCAACUCCUUGAUUGGCUCUGUCUGGCCUCUUAUCAACCCCGACCUUUUUGCCAGUCUUGCAGAUACUUUGGAGGACGUCAUGCAGGCCUCGCUCCCCAAAUUCGUUCGCAUGGUCAGUGUCGAUGAUAUCGGGCAAGGAAGCGAGUCUAUUCGCAUCCUUGGUGUCCGAUGGCUCCCUACCGGAGCCGCAGCCAGAGCCGUGGACGAAGAUGGGCAGCUUAUGACUCGAGAGCAAAGUGAAGAGGACACACAGGAGAAGGACGGUGAAUCCAGCGACACUGGUGCUGCUAUUCAAGACGGUAUGGAGGCCGAGGAAGGCGAUUUUGUCAAUCUUGAAAUCGCAUUCGCAUACCGCACACGCUCAUCCUCCAAGUCCCUCAAGGAGAGAACCAAGGACAUGCACCUGUACCUUGCCUUUUAUCUUCCAGGAAAUAUCAAGGUCCCGGUUUGGGUCGACCUACAAGGGAUUAUCGGCACCAUGCGUAUGCGACUUCAACUGACUCCUGACCCUCCUUUCUUUGCCUUGUGCACUCUUACGUUUCUUGGUCAGCCCAAGGUAAACGUGAGUUGUGUGCCUCUGAGCAAGCACGCUAUCAACAUCAUGGACGUUCCUUUCAUCAGCAACUUUGUUCAGUCCUCUGUCGACGCCGCUAUGGCUGAGUAUGUUGCACCUAAGAGUCUGACACUUGACCUCAAAGACAUGCUUGCUGGUGACGACUUUAAGAAGGAUACCAACGCAGUGGGCGUGCUAGUGAUCAACAUCAAACGCGGCUACGACUUCAGAAUGGGCGACUCUGGUAUUCCACUUAUCAAGGAGGGAAGCUCCGACGGCUAUGUUUCGGUUGGCUGGGCUAAGUUCGGCAAGGUGAUGUGGACGACGCGAGUCCUGGAGAACGAAAUGGAGCCUUGUUGGGAUGAGACUUGCUUUUUACUGGUGACACCACAGGAACUCGACGUAGACGAGAGACUGCGCGUACAGCUGUGGGACUCGGACAGGUUUACCGCAGACGACGACCUCGGCCGAAUCGAACUACCAAUCAAAGAAUUGAUGAAGGAUGAUCGAUCUAACGGACAGAUGUGGCAUCGCUCGGAUGGUUUCAGGGCUUUGAAGUCGGGUGAUGACAUGCCUGGGAAACUGGAUUGGAGUGUUGGUUAUUACUCCAAGACCCGGAUUCAACAAUGCCAGUUCGAGAAGCAGACACAUAACCCCGAAAUCCGCAACAUGCAACAACUGAAGGAGACUGUCAAGGAAUCGAGCGAGCGCAAGCUUCGCGAGACCAUGUACAAGGAGGGCAACAAGAAGGAGCGUGACGCCAGCGAGCUUGAGCAGCAAAUGGCACAGGAACUCAAGGCCGAGCAAGACGCCAUGAUCAUUUCGGCACCCCCUCCUGAUGACUACCCGAGUGGUAUACUGAGCGUCCAGAUCCACAACAUCACAGGCCUUGAACUGGAGCGACUCAACAAGCGUAAAGCUGCAACCGAUGCCGAGGCGACCGACGAAGAGGAGACUGGCGAAGGCUUGCCAAGCGCAUACUGCACCGUCAUCCUCAAUCACCGGAAGAUUUUCAAGACAAGGACAAAGCCUCAAAACGCCAAACCGUUCUACAAUGCUGGCUGCGAAAGAUUCAUUCGCGAUUGGCGAGAUGCGGAGGUUUUUAUCACGGCUCGCGAUGCCCGUCUUAAAGAGGACGAUCCUUUACUGGGAAUUGUCCAUCUGCCUCUUGCGGAGGUCUUCCGCGAACGUUCUCAGGUCAUGAGCUUCUGGCCCUUGACUGGUGGUGUUGGUUUUGGACGUAUUCGUAUCUCCCUUGUAUGGCGCAGCGUUCAACUCCAAGCACCAAGGAAUCUUCUGGGCUGGCAAUAUGGCACUGUUGAAGUGCAACCUUCCGCCACAGUUGUUGACUGCCCUAAGGAUCUUCGAUCGUCAAAGCUCAAGUUCCGAACCCAUAUUAGCAGUGCAAAGAUGCACACAGAGGACGACGAUGGACAGGAUCAGGGAACAGUUACUUGGAAGUCAAAGCGAGGCAAAUCGCUUGCUUUGGCCGUCUCCUCAAGAUAUAGCAGCUGCAUGUCCAUUGCUUUCCGAGACAAGGGCUUCUUCGGGGAUGAUACCGCCGCCUUUGCUGUUCUAUGGUUAAAGGACAUUGUCGACGAAGAGGAGACAGAGUUGGAACUACCAAUCUGGAAAGGAGAUUUCCAGCGGGCUACGUCUUGUUGCUUGGAAGAGUGCGGUGAGAAGCUGGGUACGAUCAAGCUGAAGCUUACGUUUUGGGCUGGUCUGGGAAGUGCCCAUUCUCGAUGGGCGAGCAAGGACCAUCACCUUCGAGAUGUUGUGGAAGUCAUCGAAAUGGCCCACGAUAAUCUCGAAGUUGGCGAUCAGGAAAAGAAAGCUGGCAUUGUGGAUUCUGAAGACGAAGAGAAGCAUGGCCGUGUUCGCUCAGGCUCCAUAGGCAGUAACUCUGAUUCUAGUUCAAGCUCUUCGGAUACAGAGGACGAAGAGGGGGAACAAAACAGCGUUCCGGAUGGUAGCAGCGACCAGAAACAAGGACCUAUCGACAAGGUACGGGACUACCGUCGUCGAGACAGGCGGCUACAUCGCCAGCAUCGGGGUCUUAUGCAGUGGAAGGCCCCUCGCACAGCUAAGUGGAUCAAGGGCAAGCUCGGGCGCGUUGGAGACAAAGCUUCUAGCGUCUUUGAACACCACACCAAUAAGCCCGGAAUCGAGACCGAGGUCUAA